AUGCAUCCCGCAGCAAUGGCAUCUCCACUGGACCUACGGCCGUCGGGAUUACUAUCGAUCAGUACGUCAUCUCCUUCGCAUGCCUCAUCGGUGGGCAGCAGUUCUUCGAUUCUGAACGAUAAUGCAGCAAACCAAUCGCAACCGCACCAUUACUAUACUGCCGGCCAACAUCAUCACCACCAUCAUCACAAUUCGACCAUUCAGACCCAUCAGAGCCAGACUCCGUCGGGGAACAGGUCUAGUGCAGCAAGUCGUAACCGUUCGCGAAGUAGUUCCAGUUCCGAAAAUGGAACGUCCGGUGGUACACAGAAUCAACCCGAUACGGACACCGGUGGAAAUGGGGCUGGUGGGGAGGGUACAGCGUCCGGGAGUGGAAAAUCCGGUAGCCAUCGUUCACAGAGUCUUGUGAAGCCUCCGUAUUCGUAUAUUGCGCUUAUCACGAUGGCAAUACUACAGUCGCCACAGAAGAAGCUGACGCUAAGUGGGAUCUGCGAAUUUAUUAUGACACGGUUUCCAUACUACAAGGAAAAGUUUCCUGCCUGGCAAAACUCCAUCCGACAUAACCUCAGCCUGAACGAUUGUUUCAUCAAAAUUCCGCGCGAACCUGGCAACCCGGGCAAGGGCAACUUCUGGACACUAGACCCGCUCGCAGAGGAUAUGUUCGAUAAUGGGAGCUUCCUAAGGCGCCGCAAACGGUACAAACGUACCACGCUCGCCCAGAGUAUGGGUUUCCCGGGUGUGUUUGCACCGUUUGCACCGUUCUGGAUACGAAAGCCGGUCCCCGUGAUACCGAUGCAUCAGUUCGGUCCUGCACAUGCGGCGGCAUCCGCUUCGGUGGCAGGAUUUGGUGCAGACGGACCAGGAGGACCGUUGGGAGCAUUGGGACCGGGCCGGCCAGGUGAUUUUCUGCUCGACAGUAAGCUCAAUCUGUUUGGUGCGGUCAAGAUGGACGAUCUUAAUGUGGCCAUGAUGGAGAACAGUGAUUUUCUGCAGCGGAACGUUGAUAGUUUGAAGAUUUCGAGUGCUAUGAACAAGUUUUUCCACGGUUAUCAUCAAGGACAGGCGGGAGGUAGUGGACCGUUGAUAGAUCUUUACGAAGAUGGACCACCGCCACAUCCUGCCAGUCUCGGUGUGCAUCCGGCGUGCAAUGGUGGUCUGGUGCGAGAAGCAAUAUCCUAUCCAUAUGGUGGACAUAAGCUUGCUGCUACCCGCAUUGGAGAUCCGGAGCCAAACGGAGGCGAUCGGAGAGGUGAUUAUGCGGAAGACGAGCACAUCUCGGCCGAUCUCGAUAUAUCGAGCGAUGAUCGGAUCGAUGUGGAGAGUGAGGAUGAUUAUAAAUCUCCAGCAGAUCGGGGUCCUGCUGGAUCGCUAAGUUACCAUGAGAUGCUGCUAAAUGGCCGCAAGUCUAUCGCUGUGGAAGUUCCUUCAAACUCGCACCUGUCAGGUACAUCGGGCUCACCAACCACCCAUCCUGCAGCACCUUCACCAACGAUCGAACCAACCGUGGACUACUCCCCACACUGUAGUCCAUCGCGAACGGUUCGCGACUCAGACGAUUACUACAUCGAAGAAGACGAACAGUCGGACAAAGCAAGUAGCAGUGGAGGUUCCGUUGAGGAACCACCUACCAAGGAACGCCAUGGACACUUUUACACCGAGCUACAACCAUCGAUCAUUCCUACCGAACCACUGCACGGACUGCCAGACGCGGAGUCCGCUAGUCCCGGGUAUGCGGACACGACGAAACUGCUCGAUGGCAACGAACCUGCGUUUGCGUCCCGUAAGCGUAAAUAUGGCAACACGAAGGGAUUCAGCAUAGAGAACCUCAUCGGUUGUAGUGUGGAGGAUAGAUGA